AUUUAAACGACCAAAACAAAGAUGGUGUCUGCAAAAAUAGAACGUGCAAUAGUGAGCAAUAUUUAAGUUCUGAGACUCAAACGUUCUGACAAAAACAUUUUACUAAGAAAAUACGAAAGAUACAAGAGCCAUGGCUGCUCUGGACUCACUAACAGAACUCAACAACCUGUUGGAGGAGUGGAACACUGAAAACAAUGCUGCAGGUUUUGCUGUCUCAGAUCCUGUGCCCAAACUGAAAAGACUUGCAGAGAUUUUUGAAAAUGAGACUGAAGCCUACUAUAAAAUGGAUCCAGAUCCAUUUGAUGAUCGCCACCCAGGAAGAGCCAACCCCACCUGUUCUCUUGGACACCUGUUUAAAGCCCUCUUUAAAAAUGAAGAAUUCAUGAACAGGCUGGUAAAUAGUUAUGUGUUGCACGCAGAGCGUAAUGUGGCCAUUCAGACACUGGCCUGUCGUCUGCUCUAUGAUAUACUUCCUGGCCUUGAAACGGCUGUCGUCUUCCAAGAAACAGAAGGCCUGGUGGACAAGCUGCUGGAGUGGGCAGAGAAGGCUGAUGAGCCCCUGCGCUCCUACGCCACGGGGCUGUUGGCCGGCGCCAUGGAGCUACAGGACGUAGCAUCCAACAACAAGGAGAAAAACUCACGACUGGUGAGUCUGCUACUGCAACGUCUACAUGAGCUACAGAAGGAAAUGCAUGCAGAGUAUCUGAAGACAGAAGCUGGCAAGCAGGAAGACCACAACAGACAUUUCCCUGUCUGUGAUGGCUCACCAAACAAAAGCAUUACGGCAGACGGGUUUGUGUCCCCUACAAAGAUAGCUUACUCCAGGUCCCCUGGUCGCGCUGAAAUGAUAUCUUCACCUUUCAAGAAAUCCCCAGCCAGAUCAGAUGGUGUAAAAGAAGAGGUUAUUUUAGUUACACAGUCUGACAAAUGUAAUGGCAUAGAAUCAGAUAAAUCAGUGGUACAAUCUCCAAAGGCAACUGAUUUUGACGGGGGUCAAACAGGGUUAGAAUUAAAGGAAAGCAAUGACUCUAAAAAUAAACCAGAUAAUAUAGCUAGCAUUAGUGAGACAGCUUGUUGCAGUAACAAGAUGGACCAAGUUAAUGCAGAAAUACGGCUAGUGGAGAAAUCUAGUGCAAAUGGUGACCUCAUUGACUCAGAAUCUGAUGGUGAAGUUAAGAGUGAAGGAAUAACAGUGGAGGAAAGAAAGGCUAGAAUAAAAAGGACACUGUCUCCAAGUUAUUACAGUGAGGAUGUGUACAGAUUCAAACGACAACGAGUAAGGGAAGAUAGCUUUAUGUUGAGUGAUGUGAGCAACAGUAGCUGGGCAGAGAUCCAACCAUAUGUGAUUGGCUCCUACAGCCUUGAACCCAUGACCCUGGGCAUGAAACAGAGGAUGAUACUGCAGUACCUCACCCCCAUGGGAGAGUACCAGGAGCUGAUAAGUCUUGCAUUUGAGCACCGUGCCAUGGACCUGGUUUUCUACUACAUCAACCUCAAGUACAACAGGGAUGUCAGGCUGGCUUUUGAAGCUUUGAAGUAUCUGGCAGUGCUUCUAUGCCACAAGAAGUUUGCCAUAGAGUUCCUGAAUCAUGGUGGGGUACAGAAGCUUUUGAACGUGUAUCGACCCUCAAUCGCUGCCACUGGGGUGUCCCUAUGUCUCUACUACCUCUCUUACUUUGAGGACGCCAUGGAGCGGGUGUGCCUGCUGUCAGAUCAUCUUCUCACCACACUGGUCAACUAUGUGCUGUGGUUGAUGGAGUGUUCGCAUGUGUCCAGUCGAUGUCAUGCGGCCAUGUUCUUCCUGCAAUCCUUUCCCUUCCUGGUUAUUCUCAACCGCUUUGACACCCAUGAUGGACUUCGACGUCUCUACAAUACACUCAGUACGCUGGAGAUAAUGAACAUAGAGAGCAAUGCGAGCCUCACAGAGGACCAGAUGUUCACACAGCGGCAGAGUGCCAGGCACGUGUGUGUGGCACUCAAGAAGUAUUUUGAAUGUCAUCUCGUGCUAAAGGUCAAUGAGUUGAAGCGGUCCCAUGCCCGAAGUGAGGGAGGUUCACCGCACCACGAGACACCAGCUUACAAGUCCCUGAAGCUGACCCCAGAGCUGGUGCAGGACUGCAUGGAGCUGAUGAUGGAGAUGAUGCCAGUGAGGCAGCAGUGGACGCCUGAGGCCACGUUCUUCAAGCUUGGUGGGAUAUCACUGCUCACACAGCUCGUGGCCAUGUCCCAUGACUGGCCCAGUUACACUGGAAAACCAGAGACGAUACGAGCUGCCCUUGAUGUGAUCAGCCUGUGCUGUGUGACCCCCAGGUCCCAGCUACAGUUACUGCAGUCAGUUCCACUGCCAGAAAAUGUGGUCACACCUGCCAUCAGUGUGUUCAUUGGUAUGAGCGAGGGAGACAAUGUACAGGAUCCGGAAGUUCAAAGGUCUGCUCUCUCCAUCAUAAUCAACUGUGUCUGUGGACCCCUGGAACGGCUGGGCGGUGGUGUGGGGCGCUACAUGGGGUCAGGUGCAAGGAAGAAGGUAAACUGGAAGGUCGGGGAGGACGUGCUGUCCAAGAUGUGGAACGGUGUACGGGAAAAUAACGGCAUCAUGGUAUUGCUGAAGCUUCUGACACUGAAAACUCCCAUCACAGAUGCUGACUCUAUCAGAGCCAUGGCUUGUAAGGCUCUGGUUGGCAUGGCGCGGUCAGAGACAGUGCGGCAGAUCAUCAGUAAGCUCCCCAUCAUAUCCAGUGGGCAGCUACAAUCCUUAAUGAAGGAGCCAGUGUUACAAGACAAGCGUCAGGAGCAUGUGAAGUUCUGUAGGUACGCGACACAACUUGUGGAGAAAGUCUCUGGCAAUCAGACUCACCGCUACAGCAACGCCUCUCUUGAUGACAUCAGGAAGGCUGACAUAGUGGCCCAGUCCAAGAUCAUAUUCCAAGAGAAGGAGCUGCUGCAACUUAUACAUGAUCACCUGCAGAGUAAAGGAUACCAUGACUCAGCAGAGGUCCUACAGAGGGAGGCGGGGCUAGCAGGCUGUGUGACACCACCCCCAGGGGGCCCAGGCCCCGCUCCCCACCUGUUCACCCCUGUCCACACUGCCAGUCCACCCUCACACUACACCAGUGUACAGGUUGGCUUGCUCACUCCUAGACCUCUGCAUCGUCCCCUGAGCCAGCAGUUGGCAUUUCCACACAGUGGCUCGACUGCCUCCCACACUAACACCCAGUCCUCCAGUCACCCAGCUCCCUCAGGCCAACAGACUGGCACCCAGCAUCAUCCAAACCAGCAAGCAGAGAACCAGUCUAAUCUACAUUCCCUAAGUCAGACCUCACCCGGGAAGCAGCUGAACAUUUCCCAUUCACAACCACAGCAAUUGACAGAGAACCAGUCUAAUAUUUCAAGUUCACAACAGCAAUUGACUGGCAACCAGUCGAACAUUCCUGCCACAGCGUCAUCAGCCCCGAACCAGUCUACAGGUUCUGGUCCCCAGCAACUGCUACCUGCCAGUAACCAGUCUACUUUGCAGCAUGUGCAUCCUGCAGGUCAACAGUCUAACUCCACACCUCAGACACCUGGUGGGCCUAUCCGCUUCAGCAUCAGUCGACAGGGCCAGGCCAGCAAUACACCAACAAUCUCCCACACUGCAUUGAGAGCGCCUGCAACCCAACAAAGGUGUCGAUAUGUGAAGGAGCGUGAUCCAGUCCUGUUCAGCCCUGCAAUCAAGCGGGAGAUGAUGCAACGUACACACACAGAGUACGAGAUCAGCCUAGAUAAGAUCAUCACAGAAUAUCUACGGAAGCAGCACGCCCUCUGUCGCAACCCAGUCGUCACGUGCCCACCCAUGUCUCUCUUCCAUCCCCAUCGGUGUCCAGAGCCGAGGUGUAGACAGAGCGCGCCACUAAGCUUCACUGCACGCACUCUGAGGAGACUGAUUCACCCGAGGUUUGGUGGGCCUGAUGGUUGCAAACUAGACAGGAAGUUCAUCUACAGCAGGUUCCGCCCUUUGAGGACGUACAAGGACACUGAGGAUGAUGGCUUCUCCUGCUGCACAUUUGCUACAAGCCAACAGUAUUUAAUGAUUGGUACCUAUGGGGGCAAUCUGCGGCUGGUCAACACACAAAGUGCUGAGGAGACUGGCAGUUUUCAUUGCCAUUCUUCACCUGUCACCCACUGUGAACACUCCAAGGAUGGCAAGCUGGUGUUGACUGCCUCCUCCUAUGGCAUCAUGUACAGCUCUGCACUCUGGUCUUGGGGUUCAGAGACCCUCGAUAACAAGUUCAACUUUGAGGAUCACCACCUGGAGUUCAGCCGCCACAUCCAGGACCGGUUGAUAGGCACCAAGGAUGAGACUGCUCAUAUCUAUGACCUGACCACUGGCCAGAUGGUUGUGAAGUUAUAUGAUGCAGACAAGGCCAACAAUUACAAGGCCAAUCGUGCAAUCUUCAACCCAACAGACGAGCUUGUACUCAACGAUGGUGUCCUUUGGGACGUGAGGUCGGCCAAGGCCAUCCACAAGUUUGACAAGUUCAACCAGUAUGUCAGUGGAGUAUUCCAUCCAGUUGGCCUCGAAAUCAUCAUCAACUCAGAGAUUUGGGAUAUCCGCUCCUUCCGUCUUCUGCACACGGUUCCGGAGUUGGACCAGUGCCAGAUACGCUUCAAUCACCGUGGAGAUGUCAUGUAUGCGACACGUAUAGACGAGGAGUUGGACACGGAGACAGAGCGCCACAGUCCGUAUGGCUCCAUCUUCAGGACACUGGACACCACCAACUAUUCACUCAUUGCCACUGUUGAUGUGAAGUCACGUAGUAUCACUGAUAUCUCCACUGACAAGAUGGACUCCUACCUUGCUGUUGUAGAGAACACGCAGUCACAGGAUAUCGGGUCCAAUGAGAACAUCUGUCGACUGUAUGAGAUAGGCAAGGUGAAGGAUGAUGAAGAUGAUCAGCAAAAUGAAGAGGAGGAGGAACAAGUUCCUGAUGAUGACGAUGAUGAUGAUGACGAUGAUGAGGACGACGACAAUGGUGAUGAGUUCAUGCUGGGGGAUGAUGAUGAUGAAAAUGAUUCUAAUGAUGGGGAGGAUGCAGACAAUGAAGACCAUGAUGCUGAGAUUCUCUCCGGCAGCGAUGGUAGCGAUCUGGUACUGUCGCUAGGAUCUGAUGAUGAAGAUGACGAAGAUGAUGAUGACGGCAGUGGCAGUGAUGAUGAUGGCAGUGAUGAUGGUGAAGAAGAGGAUGACGAUGAUGAUGAAGAUUUUGAUGAUGUUAUAUUUGAGCUAGCUGAUUAACAAAGAUUUUUUCUAAAAGGAGUUUUGUUAGUUAGCACCAGUCUUCAGUUUUUUUGUUGCCUGCUUUGCUACAAAAAGUAUGACUGUUUUUUAAGGGAAUGAAAGCAUCCUUGUCGAAAUAUAUAUAGGCAGUAUUCUGAUGUACAUUAGUUAUGACACAGUGAUUAACUUGAACUGUUUUAUAGACUAAAGCAAAUUUUUCAAACAUAUAAAGUCAUAAUUUGCUGAUGUACUAAUCGUAUAUUGAUGAAUUUGUUCAUUUGAGCUGAGUUCUAGAAAAAUAGGGCUUAAUUCAUGAACAUCGAGUGUCAUGUCAGAUUAGCAUGUGAAGUCUGCACAGGCUAAUGAGAAAGAACACUUUCCGCUAUUAUUGUAUUUUUUUAGCUCACCUGAGCUCAACGUGCUCAUUGUGAGCUUUUGUGAUCGCCUUUCGUCCGUUGUCCAUUGUGCCUUGUGCGACUUCAACAUUUGCAUUGUUCACUCUUUAGAGGCUUCAUUUAUUGUCCAAUCUUCUUGAAAUUUGGUCAGAAGCUUGGUUUCAAUAAUAUCUUGGAUGAGUUCAAAAAUGGUUACGUUUGCUUGGAAAACAUGGCUGCCAAGGGGCGGGGCAUUUUUCCUAAUAUGGCUAUAGUAAAAUCUUGUUAACACUCUAUAGGCCACAUUUAUUGUCUGAUCUUCAUGAAACUUGGUCAGAAGAUUCAUCCAAUAAUAUCUUUGAUGAGUUCAAAAAUGAUGCCGGUUGGUUGAAAAACAUGGCCGCCAGGGGGCGGGGCAUUUUUCCUUAUAUGGCUAUAGUAAAACCUUGUUAACACUCUAGAGGCCACAUUUAUUUUCCGAUCUUCAUGAAACUUGGUCAGAAGAUUUGUCUUACUGAUAUCUUCAAAAAUGGUAACCUUUGCUUGAAAAACAUGGCUGCCAAGGGGCAGGGCAUUUUUCCUUAUAUGGCUAUAUUUGGCUAUAGUAAAAUCUUGUUAACACUCUAGAGGCCACAUUUAUUGUCAAAUCUUAAUGAAACUUGGUCAGAAGAUUCAUCCCAAUAAUAUCUUGGACGAGUUCGAAAAUGAUGCCGGUUGAUUGGAAAACAUGGCCGCCAGGGGGCCGGGCAUUUUUCCAAAUAUGUCUAUAAUAAAACCUUGUUAACACUCUAGAGGUCGCAUUUAUUGUCCAAUCUUGAUGAAAUAUGGUCAGAAGAUUUGUCCCAAUGAUUUCUUGGAUGAGAUCGAAAAUGGUUACGUUUGCUUUAAUAACAUGGCCGCCAAGAGGCAGGGCAUUUUUCCUUAUAUGGCUAUAUAAGGCUAUAGUAAAAUCUUGUUAACACUCAAGAGGCCACAUUUAUAGUCUGAUCUUCAUGAAACUCAGUCAGAAGAUUCAUCCCAAUAAUAUCUUGGACGAGUUCAAAAAUGAUGCCGGUUGGUUGAAAAACAUGGCCACCACAGGGGCGGGGCUAUUUUCCUUAUAUGGCUAUAGUAAAACCUUGUUAACACUCUAGAGGUCACAUUUAUUUUCCGAUCAUCAUGAAACUUGGUCAGAAGAUUUGUCCCAAUGAUAUCUUGGAUGAGUUUGAAAAUAGUUUUGGUUGCUUUAAAAACAUGGCCACCUGGGGCGGGGCAUUUUUCCUUAUAUGGCUAUAGUAAAACCUUGUUAACACUCUAGAGGCCACAUUUAUUGUCCAAUCUUCAUGAAAUUUGGUCAGAAGAUUUGUCUCAAUGGUAUCUUGGAUGAGUUCGAAAAUAAUUAUGUUUGCUUGAAAAAAAAGGCUUCCAAGGGGCGGGGCAUUUUUCCUUAUAUGGCUAUAGUAAAAUCUUGUUAACACCCUAGAGGCCACAUUUAUUGUCCGAUCUUAAUGAAACUUGGUCAGAAGAUUCAUCCCGUUUAUAUCUUGGAUGAGUUCAAAAAUGAUGCCGGUUGGUUGAAAAACAUGGCUGCAGGGGUGGGGGGGGCAUUUUUCCUUAUAUGGCUUUAGUAAAACCUUGUUAACACUCUAGAGGCUACAUUUAUUUUCCGAUCUUCGCGAAACUUGGUCAGAAGAUUUGUCCCAAUAAUAUCUUGUUAUCUCAGGUUAGCCACUUGGGGCCUUUCAGGCCCUCUUGUUUUAAUAAGUCUCUUUGAGGGAAAUUCAGUUUGGCCUGAAAGUGCUGUUUGCAUGAGCUAUUCAGGGACAAAGGUUUUUGCACAUGCAUUAAGCCCUAUUUUCCCAACACAUGGCUCAAAAAUUUAAAACAUAUUGCUGACCAAUUAAUGGUACGUUGAUUUAUUCGUUCAAUGUACAUAGCUGCAUAGAAGUACAACUGGCAAAGGUAUUUAUUUCAGUUUGUUUGUAUUAUAGAGUUAUGUAAAUACUAGUAUUUUCCUUGAAACUGAAUUCCGAUGUUACUGUUUUGUACUUUAAACUUGAUAAUGAAACAAUUUUAGUUACAAGUUACUGAUAUUGAAAAUGUCAUCAAUUACUUUCAGCAAAAACGAAAAUAUAAUACAUGUGUACAUUUGGAUUGUGGUUAUAUUGUUAAGUAUUUGUAAAUGUUCUUUUAAUAGGUUGGUUAACUUUACCUAAAAUAUUAUCCCAAGAAAAAAUAGGAAACAAAGCUUAUAUGAAAAAGAAAGGCAAUACAUUUCAAAAAAACUUCUUUUCAAUGUAUUGUACGUUUACUAUUAAAGAGAGGUAGAGAUCUUUUGUAGUCUCUAAGAUGUAAAGGUUGAUAUUAAAAUGCAAGAAUAAUGAUCCUACAACAUAAAUGUU